AACACAUCCAGGAGGUAACAUCAAUCAGCAAUCUCGGAAACCAGCCAUGGCAACACCUACGAAAGUAGUGUUGUUAGCCUGUGGAUCCUACAGCCCAGUAACCAACAUGCAUCUCCGGAUGUUUGAGUUAGCAAAGGACACAUUGAACAAAACGGGCCGUUAUAGCGUGAUAGGUGGUAUUAUGUCACCAGUCAGUGAUGGCUAUGGAAAAAAGGGCUUGGUUUCUGCCAAACACAGAUGUGCAAUGUUGAAAAAUGCUCUUAAAACUAGUGAUUGGAUCAGGUUGGACACCUGGGAAUGUGAACAGCCUAGCUGGACAGAGACAGCUAAAGUGUUAUCCCACCACCUCUCAAUGCUGGAAAAGUCUUGCAAGGUCAAUACAAAACCAGCUCCAACCAAAAAGAGACGGAAAGAUCUACACAAUGAGAGUAUCAACGAAGAUGAGAUAGACCGAGGGUUAGAGUCCCCUAACUCCUACAACACGCGACUGUCUUCUGGAGUGUCCAACAAAGAAAAUGUGAUGGUCAAGCUUCUAUGUGGGGGAGACCUUCUUGAAUCCUUUGGUACUCCAGGUCUGUGGAAGGAGGAGGAUAUAGAAGAUAUAGUCAGCAAUCACGGUCUUGUGUGUAUUACAAGAGCAGGCUCCGAUCCAAGGAAAUUUAUCUAUGAAUCCGACAUUCUUAGCAAAUACCAGGAAAACAUUUUCAUUGUGACGGAAUGGAUAGAAAAUGAUAUAAGUGCUACAAAAAUCCGGCGAGCAAUUCGACGAGGAGAGAGUGUGAAAUAUCUGAUACAGGACCCAGUGAUUGACUAUAUCAAGGAACACGGUUUAUAUGGGGUGUCCAACAAUAAGUAUAUCAAUGAUUUCCUAAAGUCGCCUGCAGAUGAUCCAACUAUCUUCUCCGACUUUGUUGAUGCUCCAUUACAUGUGGACCUUCCUGAUGUGACACGUCAACCAGUGUCAAACCCUCGGACAUAUAUGGAAGACAGUGAUGCUCCACGAUCACCAAAACGCCAGCUGAGCUCAGACCACUACGACGAUUGUCCUAGAUCUCCAAAGUCGCCGCGCAAUGUGCCAUGUAUGACAGACAUAGGGACUCUGGUGCGACGCGUGAGAAAUUACAACUUGUCCCGUGGGAUCCCUCACCAGAAAAUGGAUCACCUCUAAGAAACAACAAUGACUAAGACCGUGCGGUCUGGUGCAUCGCUUGCUCUGUAUUGUAUUUGUCGUACUUUUGUUACACUUUGAAAGUAUCAAAUUACUGGUGUGAAAAACACUUCCUGCUACAACUUUAAACAUGCACUAUCACAGAACCAUCUAGUUUGUGAAAUAUUUGUUGUGCUGUUGUAGUAGUACGAAUUUUCUAUUGACAAUAUGAUUAAAUUUCUUUCUAUUAAAUAUUUAUGUAUGACCAAAGAAAGUCAACAUUUGAUAUGCAAUUCAUGCUUAAGUACUUUUAACCAUCUAAGAUAAUUUCCAAUAUUCUACAGUACCAUCUAAAUUUAAUCCAUAUAGUUGAACAAUUUUUUUCCACUUUAAAUUUUCUUAAUCAAAAUUUAAUAUUUUAUCUUUCAUAGUAAGGCUGACCACAACAUAACACAAAUGUCCUAUGGUUUGUUGAUUUGGACAUGUUGUUGUGUACGGUAGUGGUAUGACAAUGUACAUUU